ACCAGGAGGCAGGCGAGGUGAGGCGAGGCGGCGGCCCGCCAUCGGCAGAUUCCCUGCACACCGGUCCCAGAUGGAGGGCGGUGGCGGCAGAGCUCUCCGAGGGGAGACCCAGCCCGGGCGCCUGCUUGCCAGCUGUCUUUCCAAAGAGAAGGGGGCGUAAUUGGGCUGGGUGGGGGGACUCCAGUACGCAUUGAAUGGCGGCGCCCAAACACCUGUCAUUGGUCUCGCGGGGAGAUUUCAUUUAGCUCAGAGCAGAACUCACACCCGACGAGACCCAGGAGUCCCGGGAAUCUGGCAGUGCGCGGGGGCUGCACACGUGCUGUAGCUUCGCUUGCCCGAGCCCGCCUUGUCUGGGCUACCCAGUUACCAUCAUGAAGGAGACCAGAGGGUCCAAGGAUCAGCAGCUCACGGUGGCACUUCGCAUACGGCCAAUCAGCAUGGCAGAGCUGGAAGAAGGAGCCACACUCAUUGCUCACAAAGUGGAUGACCAGAUGAUUGUGCUAAUGGACCCAAUGGAGGACCCUGAUGAUGUGCUCCGUGCCAACCGGUCACGAGAGAAAUCCUAUCUGUUUGAUGUAGCCUUUGAUUUUGCUGCUACUCAGGAAAUGGUCUAUCGUGCCACCACUAAAGGACUCAUAGAAGGGAUCAUCUCUGGCUACAAUGCAACUAUUUUUGCCUAUGGCCCAACAGGCUGUGGAAAGACCUACACCAUGCUUGGCACUGAUCAUGAGCCUGGCAUUUAUGUCCAGACACUCAAUGAUCUCUUCCAUGCUAUUGAGGAGACCAGCAAUGACAUGGAGUAUGAAGUCUCCAUGUCCUACCUGGAGAUUUACAAUGAGAUGAUCCGAGACCUCCUGAACCCUUCCUUGGGCUACCUGGAUUUGCGUGAGGAUGCUAAAGGUUUCAUCCAAGUGGCUGGAAUCACAGAAGUCUCAACCAUCAAUGCUAAGGAGAUAAUGCAGUUGUUAAUGAAGGGCAAUAAGCAACGGACGCAGGAGCCUACAGCAGCCAACCGAACAUCCUCACGCUCCCAUGCGGUGCUGCAGGUCACCGUGCGCCAAAAGAGCCGCAUCAAAAACAUUAUGCAGGAGGUGCGCAUAGGCCGACUCUUCAUGAUUGACUUAGCAGGCUCAGAGCGGGCUUCUCAGACGCAGAAUCGUGGACAGCGUAUGAAGGAGGGCGCUCACAUCAACCGGUCUCUGCUGGCUCUUGGCAAUUGCAUUAAUGCGCUCAGCGACAGGACAGGUGUCAAAUAUGUUAAUUACCGGGACAGCAAGCUUACUCGCCUUCUCAAGGAUUCUCUAGGUGGGAACAGCCGUACAGUCAUGAUUGCUCACAUCAGCCCUGCAAGUAGUGCUUUUGAGGAGUCACGCAGCACCUUGACCUAUGCUGAACGUGCUAAGAAUAUCCGCACCACGGUGAAGCGCAACCAUCUCAACGUCACCUACCACAUUGCUCAGUACACAAGUAUCAUUGCUGAACUCCAUCGUGAAAUUCACCGUCUGCACUGCAAAAUUGAGCAACAGGAGCCCCAUCCAAUGCGGUCAGACAUCCGGAGUAUUCAAGCCGAAGUACAGCUCCGUGGGAAUCACUUUGAGAGGCAGGAGAUGGAUCGGCUCCGGGAACAGCUGAUCAGCACCUUUCGGGAACAGAUGGAUGUGCGUCGCCACCUCAUGGAGUUGGAAAAUAAUUACAUGGAGAUACAGAUCGAGAGUUCUCGCCAUCUCCUCACCAUUGCUGAUUGGGAACAGGAGAAGACACGUCGAGCGCAAAAGUGGCGAGAGGAGCAACGAAAAGAGAGUUACAACAAAGAUGAAAAUGAGAAGGACUCUGACACUGGGGACGAACUCUCGGAUGUGCCAGAGCCACAGGAAGUGGCAGCAGCUCGGGAACACAUCGCUAUUCUCCUGGGGGAGCAGGAUAAACUUCAUAAACAGAAGGCAGAGCUGGAAAGGCGCUUCUGGGAUAUACGGCAGUGUGGGCAGCGGCUAGAGGAGGCCUUGCCAUGGUGCAUCAGCUCAGAAGAGCAGAGAGAGGUUCUGAGUUUGCUGUGUAAGGUACAUGAACUGGAAGUGAAGAACACAGCCAUACAAUCAAGUACACUUCUCAAGGACAACUUCAUCCGUCAUCAGGAGAGAGCUGUGCGUCGCUUUGAGUGCUAUCGCAACCUCUGUCACCGCAUCAUCCAAGAACAGCGACAGAUCAUUCAUGAGUCUCACCUAGUGGUGCCAUCCCAUCUGGAGGAACUGUAUCAGGUUUACUUGCAUGAGCUGGAAGAAGGGGCCUUAGAUCGAAUGGCAGCCAUGGAUCAAGCAGCUGUUAGAGCUCUUAAGGAGACUUCCGUGCCAAAGCUUCCCCCGCUCCCUGCGGAAAAUAUCCUGGACUCGGACCAAGAGAGCGUCAAGACACUGGGUUCAGAGAGUCAGCAGCUGCCUUGGCGGGAUUCUCGGAGGAAUACCCUCCCACCCCUUGUUCCGGCAUCAGACAGUGAAGCAGUUCAGGUGUUCAAGGCGUGUCCUCGGGCUCGGCAGAUGAAGCAUUCAGCAGUGAUGACUCCACCCCCUAUCCAUGUCAAUGGCAUGAUCAGUCAAGAGUAUACACCCCAGGAGAGUUUGCUUAUCCUGGACAGCCACCAGAAUUCUUCCCCUGACAGCAGCGAUCAUUGUUCUGAUGGCAUCUUGAUGCAUGGAGAGCACAAGGAGAUGGCGAGCGGCAUCAAAAACAUUGCGGUGAAGGCCGCCCGGCGUCGUUCACGGGUGCUGGAAUCCGACAGGCUGAACUUGCUGAAGCCAACCAAGGAGCUCAGCAACCUCUCCCUCCACUCUCUGAGUGAAAGUGAGGACACCCCCUGCCGGGGAACUCCUGCCCUCUGCCAGCCUGCCAGCCCCAGUUUGCAGCAUGCCGUCAGCGAGGACAAUCUGUCAAGCAGCACCGGGGAUACUGCUCCCGGGAGACACGUCCCCAGAUGCUCCCUUGGCCCCUGGCUCCGGGUUAACAAAAAGGGAAGCAAGAAACCUGAGAAGAGGGAAGAAUCCCUAGAGGCAAAGAGGAGGAAACGGCGCUCGCGCUCGUUCGAGGUUACUGGCCAGAGGCUCCAGGGCCCAAAGAACAAUGCCUCUCGCCGACAUCCCCUGGAAAGCAGUUCUGAGCACAAGAUAAUGGCAGCAGGAGGGAUGCACAGUAUCCGCAGCAUUGGAAAACCUGCUGUGCAGUUGUCCAGAGUGAGGCUUCUGCAAGCCCAGCCUUCUUCAGGUCCCAGUGAGGCAUCCUCUCUUUCUGUUGCUUCCCAUCAAAGUGGCAUCUCCAAGAAAAUAAGCCAGCCCAGUCAGUACCCCCCACGCCUGAACUAUGUCCCAGUGAAUGGGACAAACCCUUCUGGCAAAGAUGGGAAGAACCGAAGAUGUUAAGCUCUGAAAGGCACAGAGAAGUUGAGAUGCUCCAGGAAGGUAGCAUUUGAUGGGCCAGUCAGGGCCAGGCACUGUGGUUAAAACCAUUGGAAGGAAAUAGCUAACUUGAACAGAAGGCCUACAAGUUUGCCUGGUGGGUUGCAGGGUUGCUGCCAAGAGGAUUUUCUGGCCACAAAAAACUUUUAAUCUCCAGGACUCUGGGUCCCCCCAAAUUGAAAUGAGUAGUUGUCUCGAUGGAUACACAGAAGGCUGCCACCGGAUAUAUCCAGUGCUGUAAUACCAAGACAGACGUGGAAGAUUGGUUCUUGUGCAAGCACAACUCUUUAGUUUUUAAACUACGUGUUGAAGGAGGGUACCGUGCCACAGCAUUGGGGUAACCUGGCAACAAGAUUUGUUGUGCUUUUGCAUCAUUCCAAGGCAAUAAUUUCAAUAUAUUUAACUAGCACCUUUCUGCUGUGACCUUCAGAGGAAAAGGUUUGUGGACAUUUGAAAACACACUAUGUCUGCCUAUGGCCAGGAUUCCCUACCAGGGGGGCUGUUGUGUUGUCAAUCAAGCACCAUCCUUAAUUUCAUGACUGGGAUAUAUUUAACCUUUGGGGUUUCAAGGACUUUUAGAUGAUCUUGUUAACUGGCUUGGAUGCAAGAAAAGUCUUUUUACAAAACAAUUUACUAUUGCUUUUUUCAGCAAGGAGGUUUAAAAAAUGUGAUGGAAUCCCAAAUGUUGGCUUUUGUAUCUGUCUGUAAGUAAAGUGAGACGGCAAACAAUAUUCAAUACCAGCUCCAGAGUAUUUCCAGAAUCCUUCCAGUCUUGUAGUUUUUAUUGGCAAGGACUCCCUUCUUGCAAUAUGCGUGAUGUUUCAUAUUAUGCCAUCAGAAAGAUCUGCUUACAACAAUCUUGCACGGGUUUGGAUAUACAUAAUCCCCGUCUAGAUUGUUUUCUGCCUAAUUUUGAUGAUUGAACGGGAUCCAGCUGCUUUUGUCAUUCCAACUUUCCCAUUGUAUUUAUUUAUUUAUUUUAAAAAUCUGACUUCAUUUUUCCCCCAAUUGGGUCUGUUUACUUUUCUCUGUUAGCUAUGAUGGUAUUUAGGUUCAGUCACCAAGUCCACUGGGUAUUACCAGUCAUUGAGUCACUAGACAAGCUGGCUGUGCUAAAGGCAAGAUUACAGCGGAAACAUGGAAUUUAAGAAGCGCAAACACAGGGGAACUCAACAUAGUAAAAGAUUAAGCACCUCAACUACACAUUGAUGUCUUACAUAUCAGUGAAUUCAAAUAGUAUAGAAUUGGAUACAGACUCAAAAUAUGAAGACAUCAAGAAGGAAUAAAAAAAUAAAAUGUGAAGAUUUACAAGAAGAGACAAGAAAUAGUAUUACAACUAUACAAAUAAAGACAUUAAAAACAGACACAGAAAACAAAGUCAUCCAAGAAAUCUUCCAACUCUCAAAUUCGCAUGCUGAAGGAAGUCAAUGGACAACAGCAACUGGUUCAAGUAAGAUCAAAGAUGGAAAUUCUGAAAUUCUGCAUACUAAGGUUGUCAACAUCCAACACAUCUUAUAAGACUCAAAUCUAGCCACCAUUCGUGCAGUAGUCAAAUUUUAUGCUCUCAUGGUGUUAAUAAGGCAAAGCCAAUUAAAGAAAUAAAGACUUCUAUUUUCUUCA